AUGAAACCAACUGAGGCAUUUUCUCAGGAAGUCACAAUGGAUGAAUCUGAGGAGUUAUCUCAGGAGGAGGCUGAAACCAACUCUGAUGACUUUGAAAGUCAAACACUCAUGAUAGCUGAUACUGCAGUUUUGCACCACUUUGAAGCCAUACCUACCAAUAUAGUGGCUACUGCACGUGUCACUGCUCCACCAGUAUCUGCCCCCACUGUUACAGCACCGCCUGUGACUGCUCCACCAAUCACAGCACCACCAGUAUCUGCUCCACCUAUCACAGCACCACCUAUUACAUUUCCCCCUCAGGCCGCUGCACCAAUCAAACCUUCCCCGGUGACACUUGCACCCACCAUUCCAGCUUUUGUAAGCCAGAAUGGUCUAGACAUUUCUAGUGAUUCCGUGGAUCAAAGCUCUGACUCGUCUCCCCACACUUGGAUGACAGCUUCACCAUCUUCAUCUACUGCAGAUCACUUGGAGGACACAAUGGCAGAACAGUCUACAUAUGACAGUCCAAUCCCACCGUCUGAGCAAUUCUCAUCACUGGACACCAUCAACUACUCUGAAUCCACUACUAUGAUCCCCUCUGCAUCAAUCACCAUCAAUCCAACUGAGACUUCUUCACAGGAAGCUACAAUGGAUGCAUCUGAGGAGGUAACUCAGAGGGAGACUGCUCGUGACUCCAGCGGGGACAGCCAAACUCCCAUGGUAGCUGAAACUGUUCCUAUGGAGAUCUUUGAAGCCAUCCCUACAGAAACAAUAGUUGCAACAGGACUGUCAAGCAACAGCUUUCAAGAUGGCUCUAUUGAUUCUGUUGAUGAAAGUCCUGACUCAUCUUCAAUGACAGAACUGCUACCUCAAGACGGCGUUCCCAUAUGGACAGGAUCGUCACAAUCUGCAUCAUCUGAAGAUGGGGAUCACCUGGCACUGUGGGAAGAAGAACCAACCAUAGGAUCUGCUUUGGAAACAGAAGCCCCCACUGUUCUCGCAACACUAGCAGCAUCUGAGGAUACCUCAUCAUCAGGCAUAUCCAUGAACUGGGGAUCCAACACUGCGAUACCCUCAGCGCUAGUCACCAUGAAACCAACUGAGGCAUUUUCUCAGGAAGUCACAAUGGAUGAAUCUGAGGAGUUAUCUCAGGAGGAGGCUGAAACCAACUCUGAUGACUUUGAAAGUCAAACACUCAUGAUAGCUGAUACUGCAGUUUUGCACCACUUUGAAGCCAUACCUACCAAUAUAGUGGCUACUGCACGUGUCACUGCUCCACCAGUAUCUGCCCCCCCUGUUACAGCACCGCCUGUGACUGCUCCACCAAUCACAGCACCACCGAUCACAGCACCACCAGUAUCUGCGCCCCCUAUUACAGCACCACCUGUUACAUUUUCCCAUGACCCAGUGACACAUGCACCCAUAACACCAGCAAAAUCAUCAAACCCAACUGGUUCUCAGGCAUCCUCCAAUAUAUUUCAUUCCAAUAGUCAAGACAGCUUUCACGCCGACAGUGCAGAACAGACAAAAACUUCACCAACAGAAACAGACUCAAAUGCUACUCCUAUUCCACCAAAUAAACGUGGCGUUGGACCAUUCGUUUCAAGUAUGCCCAGUGUGACACCAUCAAAGGAUCAAGGCAGCAGUCAACCAUCCCCCGAACAGUUUUCCUCAAUCCCAUCAAAAUAUCCGAGCUUGAAAUCAACAAGUAUUUCCGGCUCCAAGCCAAGCACAUUGCCAUCUAGUUCACCGCUCCGCAGCCAUAGCAUCACACCCUCAGAUCAGCCAAGUAGCAGCAGUGAACAGCCAAGUGCUCUUCCAUCCAAUUCGUCGAUUCCCAGCAUCAAUGCUUUGGAACCACCCACCAGCAAUCCAUCCAAAUCCAGCAAUUACAGUGCCGAGCCAUCAUUUGAUUCAAGUUUUGAACCAAGCCCAAGAAAUAAAACAUCCAACCUGCCAAGUGCUUUACCAUCUGAUUUGUUGCUUCCCAGUCUCAAUCCAUCUAAGCAGCUGAGCAGCACUGCAUCUUUCCAUCCAAGCAAAGCAGCAAGAAACGCUUCCUCGUGUCACCCAACCCCACAGCCACCUGUUUCAUUACUUCCCAGCCUGACAGAACAGCCCAGCAGCAACGGAGCCAAUUCAACCAUUCCUAGCAUGAAGCCAUCCAUAAAUCCAAGCUCUGAAUUCAGAACAAGAAAUGAAACAUCCAAUCAGCCAAGCACUCUUCCCUCAAGAUUAGUUCAACCCAGCUUCCAUUCAUCAGAGCAUCCAAGUCUUAGCCAAUCACGGUCAUUUCAACCCAGCUUCCAAUCAUCAGAGCAGCAAAGGUUCAGCCAAUCAAAAUCCAGCAAUCCCAGCACAGAGCCAUCAUACGAGCCAAGCUCUGAACUCAGCACAAGAAAUGAAACAUCCAACCAGCCAAGUUUUCUACCACUUGAUCCAAUAUCUCCCAGCCCCAGGCCUUCAGAGCAGCCACGAAUCAAACCAUCAAGCUCUAGCAAUAUGAGUGUGGCGUCAUCAUCAAGUCCAAGCAAUGACACAAAGAAUACUUCCUCAUGUCAUCCUUUCCCUCAAAGAUCUGAUUCAAUGCUACCAAGCCUCAAUCCUUCAGAACAGCUCAGCAGCAACCAACCAAGCUAUAGCAUCACAAGCACUGAGCCAUCAUUUGAUCCUAACACGGAAACAAGCAGUUCUUUCUCUGAGCACCCAAGUAUAGUACCUUCUGUCUUUCCCAGCCUCAAACCACCAGGAAGCCAAAGUGGCAAACCAUCAAAAUCUGGUAUCUCAAGCACAACACCAUAUACGGUAUUCAAAGCAUCUUUGGAUACUCCCACAUCCCUUCCUAUUUCUUCGCCUGCUGAAACAAUGAAUAUGGCAAUAGCAAGCCCAUCAACACAUCAGACAGCACCGGAUCUCUUGGUUCACACUUUGCCAAAAUUGCAAAAUGCAGCGAAGGGCUCUCAACCAACCGUGGAACCGAGUUGGGGCCAAACACCAGAGCCUUCCACUACAGAGUGGCCUGAUACAGAGCUUCCCUACUCUGGAAGUCCCACAAUUUUUCCAACAAAAGACAUCAAUAUUUUCCAUCACAGUCAAUCUCCUUCUACCUCAUCUUCCUUGACACCAACCAACAACCCAACAGAACACCCCAUUCCCACAGCCCCACCAACCAGGGCCCCUACUGAACUUGUACCAACGGAAACUCCAACGUGGCCACCAAGCGACAAACCAACCAACACCCCAACAGAGUCACCAAGCAAUGAACCAACCAACGCACCAACCACACCUCCAACAAAACCACCAACAGAGUCUCCAACUUGGCCACCAAGUGAAACACCAACUGAGCCUCCCACAGAGCCACCUAGUAACGCACCAAGCCACGCUCCAAGCAACGCACCAACCAAACUUCCAACAGAACCACCAACAGAAUCUCCAACUUGGCCACCAAGUGAAACACCAACUGAGCCUUCCACAGUGCCACCAACCAAACCAACCACUGAAAAACCAACCGAGCCACCAACAGGACUUCCAACUUGGGGACCAAGUGACACACCAAUCGAACCUCCCACGGUGUCACCAACCAAAAUGCCAAUAGAUACACCAAGUGACACUUCCGCGGAGCCACCAAGGAGCCACCCAACCGGAAAACCAACAGAGCCCCGAACCAAACCUCCUACUGAAACACCAACUGAGCCACCAACAGAACGUUCAAGUGACACGCCAACAGAGCCUCCAACUAAACCCCCUACAGAUCUACCCACUAUCCAACCAAAGAAUAAUCCAUCAGCUCACAAACUAGCAGCAAGACAUACUGGAAAUCCAACUACUCAGCCUACUACUGCUGAAAUCCCCAUAUCUGGGCCAUCUCCCGGACCAACACCUGGACCCGCUCCUUCACCAACUCUGGUGGCACCAACUACCCCGUCGACUCCCGCACCCACACCACACCCAACCCCAAGGAAUACCAAUGCGCCAUCUGUCCUGCCAGCAACUGCUGCCCCCACAUAUCCACUAACUAUGCCACCGAUCAGAAAUUCUCCCUCGUAUCGACCAACCCUUGCUCCAACACCUCCACCCACCACCAAGCCAGCGAUCUUUGAUCCCACUCCCUCACCGUCAAUGAUGACAGACCCCCCCACAUUGAUGCCUUGGCCGUCAGCAAAACCAACACUUCCACCAUUCUAUGCCUCUCUUGGGGCUUGGUCCGCGUCAAUGACGAUUGAUCCGCCUACAGGGUCACCUUCUCUGCUGUCUUCAUUACCUUCCUCAGAGCCUUCUUCAGCCACCUCGGCAAUUUUAAACGCUCCUGAACUGUCAGAAGGAGGGAAUGUUUUCAAUAUAGGGCACGAUUCAUCAUUUGAAUUGCCAUCGUUUGUCCCGAGUGCUAUGGCUAGUGCUGACACAUCAUCACAUCCAAGUUUGAUACCCAGUUACGAUCCCUCAAUGCAUCCAACCAUAUCUCCGUCAAAAACACAUUCCAAAACACCAUCAGCCGUCCCUUCAGUGGUCCCGAGUUUGAUACCCAGUGCUGAUGCACCUUCAAAAACACCAUCUAGUUUCCCCUUGGAUAGAAGUAUGACGCCCAGUUCGGAUCCCUCGUUUCAUUCAAGCAUGUCUCCAUCACAAACACCUUCCAAAUCACCGUCUAGCCUCCCUUCGGAUCAAAGCAUGAUGCCCAGUUCGAAUCCAUCGUCUUAUCCGAGUAACCCUGUAUCGCAGUUGCCAUCCACUGUGGUCACAACUUACGUUGCAUCGCAAUCCAAACCGGAGCACCGCUUUGAAUACAUCCAAUUCCCGACAAAGUUGUCCAUCCCGGCCAUGUCGCCAGGGAAGAUGACACCACAAGACUACUAUUCCGCACAUGAUUCCCAGCACCGCUUUGAAUACCUCCAAUUCCCGACAAAGUUGCUCAUCCCGGCCAAAUCGCCAGGGAAGAUGACACCGCCAUAUGGUUUCGAGUACAUCCAAUUCCCUACCAAGGCUCCCCUGCCUGAGAACACCAAACCCAUGUUGAAAGAAGAAAGGCAUUCCAAGGGGCCAUUGCAAGCAGGUUCAGAUCAUUCCACAAUCGAGGCUAGUAGUCCGUCCAGCGGAAUGACAAAGCAAAGGAUAGAUGCAAGCGAUGAGACAUCAGCGCCGACAGUACGUAUGGCAAAAGAUCUCCUCUAUAGUUCCGGUACCAAUGGGUUUCAUCAGGUUGUAGCAUCGCCAAUGUCGUCAAAUGAAGACCAGGCCCAGCACAGCCCUUCGAUAUCUUCUAACGAUAUUCAAGAUUACUACAAGAGCAAGUUGGCAGAGGAUACUGAAACGGUCCCAUUGGUGACAGAUUUGGUAGAAACCAACGGAGGAGACGGCAAUUCAACACCCAAUGUAUCUUCCUUGUCCAGUAGCAGCUCGAAUGCAACGACGAAGGUGCUUUCGCUUUCUGUUCAGGAUACAUCAGCGUCCAACCAUGCAGUUGAGGUUCCAGCUGAAGAAGACGAAGAAACCACAAAGACGUUUUUUGUCGCCAAUGCGUUCGCAACAGUUCUUUCGGGCGCUCCACGGUGCUGCUACAUGAGCUACUCGCUACUUCUGCCGCAUUGUGUGUUGACUAUGUUUCUACUCUUGAUAUGA